UGACUUGGUAAUCGGUCCUUGUUUCCCAUGACUAGCGAAGCAUGAACACUGCAUAUAUUAUCCUAAUAAGCAGACAUGUUAAUGAAGACUGACAACACUUGAAGUUGAAGAUUAAAGGAAGACAACCCUUGUAGUGAAUCCUGUCAGUAUUGGUUGUAAUGAUAACACAUUGGCCUCCUAUGUCCAUGAGACUGACUUGAUGACCGAAGCAACAGGUGGUGUUGUUGCUGAAAUGUAGAUGGACAAUAACAAGCUGGACUUGUCCACCUGUCUGACUACAGUAACACUGUACAGGCUGAGGGAGUGGAGGUGCAGUGUGACCCUUGUGACACAGGGCCAAUCAAGUGGAUUCCCUCCACAGCAGGCCCUCCCUCUGUCUCAGCCAAGCCUCUCCACGCGGGAAGACCAAGUAUUGAUCCUGGCCAGAUCUGGCAGACGACAACGAACACUUCAUGGUUGACUGGUGUACCCUGAAGCAGUGGUGCAGCAGCCGUGGUAGAUAGUCGACAUUACGCGGGCUGCGUCCACACACUGGACACUGGUGUACAGCUGUACUAUGUAGAUGCUUCAAGGACUGGCAUGGUGCAGUGACACUCCCUGGAGGAUAUUUACUGUGACAAGAAUAUGAGGUGGUUCUGUUGACAGCCUGGGAUGGCGGGCUACAGAUCUGGCUUUCAGUCGGAAGAGUUUAAAGCAAAAGCCUUCUAUCACAGGCUUCACUGUCUCAAAGAUGAGCAGGAGAGGGUACAGAAGAAAACCUUCACCAACUGGAUGAACACAUACCUCCGACAGAGGGACCAACCAUUGAAAGUUGACAACUUGUUUGAAGAGAUUAAAGAUGGAGUGGCGCUUCUGUGUCUACUGGAGGUGCUAUCAGGGGAGAAACUGCCAAUGGAGAAAGGUCCCCGUCUCAAGCGACCACAUCAUCUCAGCAACAUUUCCACAGCAUUAUCAUUCCUCACGAAGAAAAAUAUCAAAAUGGUUAAUAUCAACUCCACUGACAUCGCAGAUGGGAAGCCUUCCAUUGUCCUGGGUCUCAUCUGGACCAUCAUCCUGUACUUCCAGAUUGAAGAGACAAUGUCCAAUGUGCCAACUAUGGGAGACAUGGACGGUGAUGGGCCGUCCAAAAAGAAGAAACCUACACUGCCGAAACAGAGCCUACUGGCUUGGGCAGACAGCGUACUAGCCAAGAAAUAUGGUCUGAAGGUCACAGACUUUGGGAAGAGCUGGAGAGAUGGAGUGGCCUUCAAUGCAAUGAUCCACAAUAUCCGCCCUGACCUGGUGGAUAUGGAGGAAAUUCGCAAGCAAAAUGCCCGCAUCAACCUGGAGCACGCCUUCUCCACAGCUGAGAAUGAGCUGGGCAUUCCGCGACUGCUUGACCCUGAAGAUGUUGAUGUGGAGAAGCCCGAUGAGAAAUCUCUGAUGACGUAUGUGGCCACCAUCCUGAAGGCUUACCCUGAGGCUGGAGAUGCCAAUUUCCAGGGCGUCCCGAGUCUAAAGCUGGACACAGCUGACCAGGAGAUGCAGGCAUACAGCGCCCUGAUGAACUGGCUGAACCAGGACGCCAAGGACGUCCUGGACAGAGCAGCCCAGCAGCCUGUCUCUGACAGACAGGCAGAACUCAAGGAAUAUUUGCUUUUCAAAUCUGAGAUGGACAAGCGAGAACCAGUUUACAAGAAGAUUGGCGAGAAAGUUUUGUCAGGGAAAGCUGCUAAGCUGAACAUGUCUGACUGGCAGAAGCUGGACACAAAGUGGCGCGAGGCAGAGGACUUGACCCACUGGCUGCUGAAGCUGGACCUCAGUUUGCCUGGCCGCCUUGGUCAGUUUGGUCAGUGGCUGUACAACGCCGAGCGUCUGCUGGAGAAGAGGGAACAGCAGGUGGAUGAAGCAGAGGAGAUGGCUGUGCAGAUGGGCAACUUGUUAGGCGAACACAAAGUAUUUUUUAAAGACUUAGAAUCACAGAAACAGUUCUUCCAACAAAUUAAGAAAGCAGGACGCUAUGAGGGUGAGUCUCUACACCCGCCUCAUAUGGACUUACUUCAUAAGCGGAUGGUGAAUGUGGAGAAAUGUGCCCCGAGAAGACAGCGCCGCUUGGAGUACUUGGAAGUGCGGUAUCUCCUACUGGCAUACUUACUGGCAGCUGAAGAAAAGGCAGCACUGUGGACAGUAAAAUAUGGGCGGCUGGAGGAGGUGGAAGCCAUGUCAGAAGAUUACCAGGAUUUUGUUGUGAAUGGGCAGCUGUUUGACAACUACAAGAAGACCCAUGAUGACACCAAGAAGAAGGCAGACGCUUACAAGAACAAUGGCGGAGAUCAAAUUGAAGUCAAUGACUUGACAAAAUUCCUUGGCAAUGUGACCGAACGGUGGCAGAAGACAUCAGGGGAGAUCCGCAGUGUAGGGAAGAGUCUUGAGGAAGUCCAGGAUGCAUGGAAGAUGUUCAACAGCUGCGCAGAGGUGCUGACCGUGUGGCUGACGGAAGGCGAGAAGAUCAUGCAGAGGUCGCCUGAGGAGAAGCAGCUUUACUUUGAGGACAUGGCUGAGUACGAGCAAAGGCACCAGUCACUGAACCAGAGUGGAAACUUCCUGAUGGAAACAACCCGGCCUGAGGUGGCGGAGGAGGUGAGGCAGACGCUGGCCCUGCUGAACCGGCGCCAGACAGAGCUCACCGAUAGCUUCACCAACUUCCAGCAGGUGGAGGUGAUUGGCAGGGCUCGCAAUGAGUACUCAGAGGGCAUCCACCAGAUCAAGGGCUGGCUACAGAAUACAGAUGAAAUAGUGGGGCCACAGAUUCCAUGUGUACACGCUGCCCUGAAGGAACACUUGCAGCAGCUUGAUGUGCUUGGCUCCCAAGUGGCGGAGAUUGAGGCUGUGUUCAAGACAACAACAAAGAUGGCACAAUCCUUGGUAAAGGACAGCUCCUCGGAUGUAGUCAAUGACAUGUUGAAGACACUCAACGAUCAAAAGGAAAUCAUUCUGAAGCUGAGGAAGGAGCUCCCUGACCGGAGCAAGGCACUCAAGGCCAUCCUGCCCAAUGUGGAGUCUCUGGAGACUGGCAUCACUGAUCUGAACUGCUGGCUGGAGCAGGGAGAACAACUUCUGCAGACUCACAGACUGGACGGGUCAGGAGAGGCUACUGAAGCCAGGCUAGAGAAGCACAAGGCAUAUUUCUCAGAGAUCACCUACCAAAAAUCUAUUCUUGAAAGCAAGAACAAAGUAUAUAACAAAGUGAACAAUGCCAAGAGUAAACUGAAGUCGGUGGACUUCACUCCAGCAGAUGAACUUAUGAAAUCAGUAAAUAUGAGAUUCCAGAACUGUGUCACAUCUGCUAAAAAUUGGGAGAAGCGUCUUGAGAAUCUUGCACGAUUGUGGCGCUUGCUUCAGCAGAAGCAGAAUGCCUUGUCUGAGUGGAUGGACAAUGCAGAGACUGUGUUGGAAGAUAAGGAGGAUGACCCGGAGAGCCUCAUUCGCAAACAUAAACUGUUCUUUGACAGAGUAAACCAGCGAAUGCUGCAGGACUACCUGAGUGUCGGGGAGGAGAUUCUUGUACAGCUGGAGGAGCAGGACAAGGCCCGGCUGAGAAUAGAGAUGACAGCAAUAGAGAACCGGUGGAAGAAUAUACACUACCAUGCACCAAUUAAACUGCUCAAGCUGGAGUUUGCAGUUCCAGAGGACAAAUUUCUCCAGAGGUUGACAUCGGCAGAGAAAUCCAUCAAACAACACCAGGAACAGCUGGCUCGAAAUCAGGAUGUCAAGGCCGCUUUGCUUAAACACAGACAACUGUUCCACGAGAGUGACCUAGUCCCCACCUGUGAGAAGUGCCUAGGCAGCAUGGACUCCAUAUCUAAACACCUGCUGGAGCUGUCCCAGGACGAACGCAGCUUGAGGAACCGGUACGAUGACCACCUUCAGCGGUGGAAACGUCUCCACUCCAUCUCAGACAACACCCACGAGCAGCUGAAGCAGCUCCCUCAACGAUGGAAGGACUACAACACAAAGUUGGGUGAAGUGAGUCGCUGGAUCAUGGAUGUGGAAGGACUUAUGAAGGAGAUGCAGAAGGAGGACCUCACCAGUGAUGAGUACAAGGAGAUGCUUGCCCAGUUCCAGAAAGCGAUGCGGAACAAGAGCAAGUACAUGGAUGAUGCGAAGUGGCUGUCCGAGAACCUGGAUGAGCUCUUGAGAGAUGAGCCUGGUGCUGACGGCAACAAGGAGAAGAGUCGACUGAGGGACAUCAUGGACAAGUUUGGGAAGCUUGAUUCCGGCAUGAAAAACACGUCUGAGAAGUCCUCUGUGUUCACCAAGAGCUUUGAGUACAGGGACAACUUGGAGCGCCGUUCAAACUGGCUUGACGAGACACAGAAGCAGGUGAUGGAGCAUCCAGCUAUAGACAGUCUGGAUGAUGCUCGAGCAUACCUGCAAGAACACGAGUCCAUCAUGAGUAGGCUUGAAGCCGAGGCUCCCAACAUCAAUGCCGACAUUGAAGCUGGGAAGAGACUGCAGAGGGAACGCAAUGCACCUUCCUUCGUCAGCAAGACUGUGGAGGACCUCUCACGCAAAUGGAAAGACACAAAUGAACUAGCAAGAGCCAAGCUAACAAAACUGCAGCAAACGGUGCGGAGCUGGGAGCAGUAUGAGGGUGAGAAGGGCCAACUGCUGCAGUACCUGAAGAAGGCCGAGUCGGAGCUGGAGAAGCCUUCGAUUGCCACCGGCCAGGACAUGGCUCAGAAGGACCUCCAGGCCAAGAAGGAGCUGCACUCGACCCUCAACAAGCUGAAGGGUAGCAUAUCGGAGAUGCAGAAGCUGAACGCUGCCCUGGCAGAGGGAGCAAGUCGAGAACGUCGCGGACCACUCAAAACUGAGAUGUCUGAUAUUGACAAACGCUUGGAGAAUGUGUCGGUGCGUCUCAAUGCUAAACUGGCAGACCUUGAGGCAACUAUUGCAAAGUGGUCCGAGUACUACAAGAGACUCAACAACUUCUGUGAUUGGCUGAAUGUGAAAGAGACCAGACUAAAUGAAGUAUACGAGAAUAAGCGAGACUUGCCAGAACAGCAGCUCACCAAGGCCGAGGCUAUCGCGUCGGAGGUGUACGAGAACCACAUCACCUUGGAUACCCUGGAGAAGGAUGCGCGUGGACUAUCCAACAACUUCCGGUCCCGGGAGACGGCAGCACUGAAGUCAAAGCUAACAACCCUGCGAAGGCAGUGGGAGAGUCUUUGUGCCCGGGCCAAGGACCGCAGCACCGCCCUGUCUGGGAAUGUCGUCCACUGGCAGGAGUACCAGCGUCUGCAAGAGCAGCUGCUGCCCUGGAUUGUCAAGGCAGAGAAGUACUGUGCCACCGAGCCACCUAAAUGUGGGUCUCUGGAGGAGGCACGCCAGCUGUACGAUGUCCAUCAGAGUUUCCUUCAAGAAGCAGAGGAGCACUUGCCUCUGUUUGAGAAGAUGAGCACAGAGGCUGGUUACCUCAUGGAGCAACCAGACAUGCCCCGAGAGUUGGAGGUCAUCCAGGGGAGAUGGGGGAACAUCCUCACAGCCUCAGAGGAACGCACACAUCGUAUGGACAAGAUGUUCGGGGCAUGGACAGCCUUUGAUGAAGAACAAGACACCUUUAUGGAGACACUUCAGAAGUUUCAGAACCGACUUGCCCAGGAUCCCAACACAUCUACCACUGACAUCCAGGUGCUGGAGCACGAGCUGGCUCUGGCCAAGGCCCUCCAGGAUGAGGUCCGGGGUCAGCAGCCACAGAUGAACGCACUGCAGCGGCGGUUUGAGCAGGUGCAGCCAUAUGCCAGCCCAGAUGGCCUCAACAAGCUCAAGCAGAAGCAGGAUGAUGUCAAACAGAUCUGGAACGACAUCAACACUGGGGUGCUGGAACGGCAGAAGAUGCUGACUACAGCUGUACAACAUCGUCGCGACUUUUAUGGUCGUAUGCAGGACUUUGAGAAAUGGGUGAAGAAAAUUCAGCGGAAACUUGACACUGGGAGUGAAAUAUACUCUGAUGAGGUUGCUGAUGAACUUGUCAAGUUGCAGGGACUGCGGGGAGAGUGCGGUCAGCAUGAUCCUGUCUUCCAAGCCCUGCAGCAGGAGUUCAAGGAGAUGAUGCAGAACUGCUCCAAGGAUGAGGCAGCUGUGCUCAGCGACCGGUUUGAUCGUAUCAUGGAAGGUUACACUAAGAUUGAGGACCUAAUUCAGAACCGAGAAAACCUGUGUGACAGCUGGACGAAGUAUAAUGGUGAUCACAAAGAAGCCCAGGCCAAGCUGAAGUCCCUUCAGGCUCGCCUACAGUCUCCAGACCUCACAGAGGCAGAAGUCAACCAAAUCAAGAGGGAGAUCGCAGAGCUGAAGGCAAGCAUGAAUGGCUGGAACAAACAGGCAGAUGGGCUGGAUGAUUUGAUGGGGGCUUCCCAGAUGAUCAUCAAAGACCGAGCCACUCAGCGAACACUUCACUUCAACUCGGAGCUGCAGAGUCUGGAACAUCUGUGUGACACAGUGUCAGAGGCAGCCCAGCAGAAGGAGAACCAUCUCGGGGAACUGGCACAGCUCAGUGAUGACUUUGUGGUGAAGAAGGAUCAGCUGGUCCUCAAGCUCCAGGAGAUCCAGGAUAGAAUAGCCUCGGCUGCUGUGGACAAGUCCAGCCUUCAGGGGCUGAAAGAACUCAUCAGAGAAGUGGAGGAUAUUCGAGAUGACAUGUACGCAAACAAUCCUGAGUAUGAACAACUGCGUGAGCUAGGUCGGCAGAUCAUGCAGUCUGACCCCAGCAAAGCCUCAGCCCUUCAGACCCAGCUGAGUGAGGUGAACCAGGUGUGGGAGGGCGUCCAGGCCGCCAUUGCUGACAAACACCAGUACCUCAACUCUGUGGGCAAUCUGUGGCAGCAGUACAACGAGGCCAAGACAGGUGUGGUCCGAGUGUUGGAUGAUGUCGAUCCACUUGUCAAUCAACAGAUCGCUUUCUCCAACCCAGCAGAUGUAAAGAAGAGUCUUGACCAGCACAAGAAUGCCGAGUUUGAGCUGCACGCCAACCAGACCCAGCUGGACCACAUGAACACAAAGGGGUUGCAGCUCCUCGAGGAGCUGGCCAAGGUCCCUGGCUUCCAGUGUGAGCCUGUUGAGGCCGAUCUGGAUGAGGUCAACCAUAAGUGGGAGAUGGCCAACAAGACCAUCAUUGAUGAUCACCGAGAGAACCUGGAGGCCCAGCUGGUGUGCUGGGAUCAGCUUCAGUCCGGCAAGGAUGAGGUGGCAGCUUGGGUCAACUCAAUGGGAAACAAGCUGGAUGACAGUCUCAAAAACUUUGAUGAUGCCGUCAGCGUUGAGAGCAGGCUAUUGAAGUUCAAGGAAGAAGCUCCCUACUUCCAAGAGGUCCUCAAGGAGGUCAGCCAGAAGAUGAAUGAUCUUCGUGAGUUGAAUGGAGGUCAUGACCUUCCGGCCAUGGAGCAGGAGAUGCGGGAUAUCGCGGCAAAGUUCGAACAUGCAUCUGAAACAGCCGGUCAGUUGGAGUCUGUCAUGUCCAAUUUCUCUGAUGAGCAAAAGCAGCUACAGGAAGAGAUUGAUGCUGAAACUGCGUGGAUGAACAAGAUGAAGGAGAGGCUCGCCAAAUGUGAUGACGUGACUGGCAGUGAUGAUGACAUCAUUGCCAGAUUCAUGGAAUCAAAGGAACUGCAAGAGGAAUUUGCACAGCACAAACAGAGAAUGGCUGAUAUACAAGCCAAGACACGGUCACUUCAAGCCAAAUACCCAUCCUCAGAAAUGUCGAACCUAGCCAAGGAUGCCAACGUAAUGUCCAAGAAGUUUGAUGCUUUGGCGGGCCGAGCUGAGCGGAUCGAGGACUCUCUCCAAGGGACUUUGGAACAACACUGCCAGGAGGCCCAGCAGCAACAGGCACGGUGGCUCAACCAGGCCAAGGAGAAGGUUUCAUGGUGUGACGACAUCGGAGGAGACCGCUACAGCGUGGAGGCAAAACUCUCCACCAUCAAGGACCUGAUGACUGGACUGGAGGAAGGGGAGGAGAAGAGGGCCGCUGCAGCGGCACAGCUGGAGAAGAUCAAGGCUGUCCUUCCCAAGUCCAAACAGAAGGAGCUGGAGGCCCAGCAGAAGGCUGUCGACAGAGAGUGGAACACCCUGGCAGGACAGAUUGGGCAGACUCAGAAUAAGCUGGAGACAUCUAUCGAGCAGUGGACAGACCAUGACAGCCGGUAUGAGGAACUGAGCCAGUGGCUGAAGGAUGCUGAGGCCCGGAUGAGGAACGAAUCAUCAUUGAGAUCAGACCUGGAUGGCAAACAUGAACAGCAGCAAGUUCAAGGUCAGAGAGAGUUUGAGGAACUCCAGGAUAAUGCUGGUCAGAUCUCCCGCUCCACUGGAGACAACCGCACAGCGUCCCAUGCAGCACAACUGCUAAACAGGUUCCAGACUCUGGGAGAGUCUGUCAAGGACCAGAGUGAGAAGAGUGACAGCAACAUUGCCGACCAUGAAACAUUCUCUGAGAACAUGAAGGAUGUGAUGGGAUGGCUGGAACAUGCACAGCAGCAGUUAGAGGACUGUGAGUCUGGGGUCGGAGAUGAGGAGGCUCUGCAACUCAAACUGGCCAAACUACAGGAUCUUCUGGGCAACAAGGAGGAUGGACUUGCCAGGUUUAAUGCAGCACUGGAGCAUGGGGAGAAGCUGUUCCCUAAUACAUCAAACCAGGGCCGUGAGAACAUCCGGCGUGACCUGCGUGCCUUGAGGGACAAAUGGGAGAUGUUCCAGGACAAGUUAAACAACACACAACGCAACCUGGAGACCUCACGCAUGCAGUGGUCCUCCUUUGAUGAAAACUUUGAUCAGCUCAACAAGUGGAUCAGUGAUACCGAGAGGCAUGUCAGUGCUGAACCGGAGCUGAAGAACUCGCUACAAGAGAAGAAGGCUCUGCUGCAGCAGUACAAGACACGACACCAGGACAUCCUGUCUCACCAGACCAUGGUGGACAGCAUCACAGACAAGGGGAGAGCACUCGCCUCCAGUCAAGUACAGAACAGACUCACGCAGCUCAACCAGAAAUACAGUCAGCUCCGCUCUCAAGCCCAGACUCAACUGCGGCAGUCGGAGGAGCAUGUUGACCAACACCAGCUGUAUCAGGACAAUCACCAACAGUGCCGGGACUGGAUGACCUCCUCCAAGGACAAGCUUGCUGUCUGCUCUGAGGUCAGCGGGGACAGACAAGCUCUACAGAACAGACUGGACAGAGUGAAGGACCUACAGUCCAGUCUGAGUGAGGGCAAGUCCAAGCUACACAGCACACACCAGCAUGGUGAGAAGACCUUGCCGCAGACCGGUGCCCAAGGUCAGAGGAACAUCCAGCGUGAGAUGGAGACACUGGACCAGGACUGGCAAGGGUUGGAGGGCAAGAUGGCUGAUAUACAGCAAGGUCUGGUCCAGGCACUUGAAGCUCUGAAGAACUAUGACGGGUCAUGUGAGGAACUCGGACAUUGGCUUCGGGAUGCCGACAUCAAGAUCAAGGACACAGAUUUGAAGUCAACAUUAGAAGAAAAACAGAGACAUGUUGAUGAUCUGAAGGCUCUACAACGGGAGAUCGAGGACAAGCAGGUCGAGUUUGUCAAUCUACAGUCCAUGGCCUCUCAAGUCCAGGGAGCUGAUGCCCGACAAAUCGGCUACAGCACCCAACUGGCCUCCAAGUCCGAGACUCUGAAGGCUGGCAUCAAGGAUGCAAUCCACAAGGGGCAGGACAGCGUGGAUGAGCAGCAGUCAUACGAGAACAACCUGGCACAGUGUGAGGACUGGAUGUCCACGCUGAGGAGGAGGCUGGAGGUGUGCGGUGACCUGGCCGGCGACAGACAUGAUGUGGAGGACAGGCUGACCAAACUGCAGCAACUGGCUGCUGAGAAGGACAGUGGCCGCCACCGCAUAAUGCAGACCAUAGAUGCAGGGGAGAAACUGUAUCCCACCACUGCUUCUGAAGGCAGAGAGGUGAUCCGUCAGGACAUCAGGAACCUGCGGGAGAAUUGGGACUCGCUAUGUGAUGAGGUGGCAGCAACCCAGAGGAAGCUGGAGUGCAGUCUGCUGGAGUGGUCCGCAUAUGAUGACAACUUUGAGCAGCAGGACACUGAGGUCAAGAGUAGUGAAGGAGGAGGAAGUGAAGGCCACACUGCUGGAGGCCCACUGCAGAACCACAAGGUUCUUCACCAAGACAUCCUGUCCCGUCAACACAUCAUGUCCAACCUCACGGAGAAAGCUCACAGUCUCACGCAGUCCUCACCCUCAGCCAAGGUCAAUAAGUUUGUGGGUGAGCUACAGAAGAAGUAUGCUGGGCUGUGUGACAAGUCCCGGGGGGUGCUUGGGAGCCUGGAGGAAGGAGUCAAGUACCAUCAGCAAUACCAGGAUGCCUACCACGAUCUUCAGGACUGGCUCAACCUCUCCCGAGAGAAGCUGGACUCCUGUGCUGACCGCUCCGGGGACAGACUGUCCUUGCAGAGCAAACGGGAGAGACUGAAGGAGUUCGAAGCCAGUGUUCCAGAUGGAGAGAGGAAGUUGAACAAGACCAGAGAGCUCUGUGAGAUGACGGCUAAGCACACCUCUCCUCAAGGCUGUGAUGUCUUGCGGCGGGAGAUCGAGCACCUGCAACGUGAGUGGGACGACUAUGUGAGUCUGAUGAGGCAGGUGGGCUCCUCUCUGGACCAGGCCAUGGUGCAGUGGGGAGACUUCGAGACCAAGUUCCAGUCAUGUGCCGACUGGCUGAAGCAGAUGGAACAGGCCGUCAAGAACCACGAACUCAAGUCCACGCUCAAUGAGAAGCUGAUGCAGGUGGACAAGUUCAAGAAACAACGUGAAGAGAUCCAGUCUCAUCAGUCAGAAAUUGACAGAUUCACUGAUGAGGCUCAGAACCUAAUGCACACAAGUUCAGAUGUGAGGCUGAGCACCCAGGUAUCACAGUUGACAAAUCGCUAUCAUGGGCUGCUCUCACUCAUCAAAGACCUCAUCAACAAAUGGGAGAAGUAUGUUCAUGAACACCAAACCUAUGACAGUCGCCUCACAGAGCUGCGGCAGUGGCUCAACAUGGCCAACCAGAGACUGUCUGGAUGUCAGCAGCCUGUAGGAGACCAGGAGACCAUGGAAGAGAAGAGAGCUGUGAUACAGAUCCUGUUCUCUGAGAAGGAGCAUGGCCUACAGAAGCUGAACCUAGCCAUCGAAGCUGGUGAAAAGUUGUUCCCUGAUACUGCAUCACAAGGGCGAGACAAGGUGCGGCAAGACUUGAGGACUGCCAAGGAGGAUUGGGAGAAACUCUUCAGUGGUUUGAAUGAUGCUCAGCGUAAGGUGGACACCUUCCUGAUGCAGUGGUCAUCAUAUGCUGAUGGCCAGGAGCAGCUGAUGCGCUGGUUGAUGGAGACAGAGGCGUCGCUGAGGGCAGACAUGGAUGUGAAGAACACCCUGCAGGAGAAGAGACUGCAGCUACAGAACCACAGGUCAUUGCUGCAAGACAUCACUUCCCACCAGCGUCUUGUGGACUCAGUUGUGGAGAAGGCCCAGGGUGUCCUCCACAGCACAUCUAACUCAGAUGUCGCCACCUUCAUCACCACCAUCACCUCUAGAUACGAGAAACUGGCUACAGAUGCAAAGAUGCUGAUCGGCAAGUCGGAGCAGAACGUCGUGCACCACCAGAACUACCAUGACUCCCUGCAGUCUGUGCUGGACUGGCUGACUCAGGCUAAGGACAAGCAGAGCAUCUGUGCCGACACUUCCGGGGACCGCCUCACCAUCCAGACCAAGCUGGACCGGCUGCAUGAGCUGGUGACAACAGUACCAGAUGGGGUGACAAAGGUCAAGGAGUGCGAGCAGAAUGCCGAGUUGACAAUGGACACAACUGCCAUGAAGGGUCGUCAGACAAUCCAGCAGGAGCUGGAUGUCCUGCGACUCGACUGGGGGGACUAUACUUCCAAGCUGUCCUCUCUCAAAGAGAAUCUGGAGAGAGCCCUCCACUACUGGGUCAUCUAUGAGGAGAAAUAUGACAAGGUCACGUCCUGGGUCAAGGACAUGGAGAAGCAGGUCAAGGAAGUGCCGCUGAGAUCCACAAUCGAAGAGAAACAGGAGCAACACUCUGUCUGCCAGGACAUGAUGGAGACAAUCUCCCAUGAGGUUGAUGUAGUCGCAGCAGCCGACCAGCGGGACAUUGAGCUAAUGCAAGAGAUCAGAGGUAAGCAGCGUGACAUCGACAAGUUCUCAGAUGACGCACAGACUCUUCAGCAGCUAACCGGGGAGACACGCGUCGGGAACUUUGUGUCGCAGCUGUCAAACAGAUACCAGACUCUGCUCACAAACACAAAGGACCUGAUCAAGAAGUCCGGCCAGAAUGUGGACGACCACAAACAGUUCCGGGACAAGUACACAGACUGUGCUCAGUGGCUUGCCAAAGCAAAGGCCAAGUUUGCCGAGUGUUCCGACUCGGGCGGGUCCCGAGCUGAGCUGGAGACAAGGCUUGAGAGAGCUCAGGACCUGUUGCGAGAGCGGGAUGCUGGUUUUGGCAAGCUGAGUGCAGUGAUCGAAUGUGGUGAGAGGCUGUACCCCACGACUGCGCCGGACGGCAGAGAGAGCAUCCGACAGGACCUGAGGCGACUCAAGAUGGACUGGGAGUCUCUGUUUGAUGACCUCUCUGCCGUUCAGCGCAAACUGGAGGUAGCCUUGGUGCAGUGGACGUCCUUUGAUGACAGCUACAGCCAGGUGGGCAACUGGCUGCGCGAAAUGGAGCUGCAGCUGGAGGGGCCUAUUGUCUUCCGGGCCACGCUGGAGGAGAAGAAGUCACAGCUGCUCAACUACAAGGCCCUCCACCAGGAUGUGCUGUCCUACCAGCGUGUGAUGGAUAGCAUCACAGACAAGGCGCAGUCUCUAGCACAGAGCAGCAGUGAUCCCCAGCUGGCGGCAUUCAUCUCUCAGACCAGCACUCGCUACAAGAAACUCUGCACUGCCGCCAAGGAACGUGUGCAGCAGUACGACACCUUUGUGACUGACCACCAGCUGUACAACGACGCCUACAAUGCCUGUGUGGAGUGGCUCAACAGUAUCCGAGAGAAACUGUCCGUGUGCUCAGAUGUGUCCGGGGAUCGCCAUGCCAUCCAGAGCAGACUGGACAAGAUACAGGACAUACUGGCCACCAAGAUGGAGGGAGAGCCCCGUGUGAAGAAUGUGACUCAGCUUGCCGAGAAGGUGCUGCCAAACACAGCCCCACAGGGAAAGGACAUCAUCCGCAGGGAGACAGAGGCCUUGAAGGACGACUGGGAGGCAUUCAUCACAGCCCUUGCCAAGACCAAGACUGACCUGGAGACUUGCAUGGACCAAUGGAAAGAGUUUGAGAAUUGGCAUGAUCGCUGUGCAACCUGGAUCAAAGACUCUGAGAGCCGACUCCGUGAUGCUGACCUCAAGGCCACACUUCAAGACAAACAGGCUCAGCUGGAGAAACUCAAGGCUCUUCAGGCAGACGUUGCCGAGCACCAGUCGGACCUGGACUCUCUCAGUGACUCUGCCCAGGACCUGGUGAGACUGAGCUCCGACACCCGAGUUGUGUCCCAGGCCUCUCAGCUGGCCACCAAGUACCACUCACUCACUGUCAACGUCAAGGAACUGUGUCGGCGCUGGGAACAGUAUGUCGUGGACCAUCAGGCUUACACCCAGUCCUUCCAGCAGUGCAAGAACUGGAUAGGUCAGAUGAAGGUGAAGGUUGCCGGUGCUGGCGACGUGACAGGUGACAAGAUGACCGUGCAGGACAAGAUCAAGGACAUCCAGAAUCUGAUCUCUGAGAAAGAAGAAGGUCUGCACAUGCUGCAGAUAGCUCUGGACAACCUGCAGGUUGUGCUGCCAAACACGUCCGUGACCGGCCGGGACAACAUGCGAAGGGACAUGCAGUCCCUACAGCAGGAGUUUGACUCCGUUGCUGGUGACCUGAACGAAACAAGGACCAACUUGGAGGGAUGUCUAGCUCAGUGGACUGUGUACGAUGACAGUUUUGACCAACUGCAACGGUGGCUUUGCGACCUUGAGAACCAGGUGGAGGCAGAUUCCCAGCUGCAGAACACGCUGCAGGAGAAGAAACUACAGCUGGAUAGGGUCAAGGUGUUACAGCUGAACAUCAGUUCCCAACAGAGCACUAUAGACAACAUGAACGACAAGGCCAACACACUGAGACAAACCAGCAAGGACGUGAAUCUCAGCAACCAGAUCCACCAAAUUGUGGCUCGUUAUGAAACACUGAAGAUUAAAGCCAAGGACCUUCUACAGAAGUGUGAGACCAACCUUCGAGACCACCAGCUGUACCGGGACUCCUACAUGGAGGCCACUGACUGGCUGAGUGCCACCAAGGACCGCCUGAACCUGUGCAGUGAUGUGCGCGGAGACCGCCAUGCCAUCGAGGCCCAGCUCCACAAAGUGCAGGAGAUCUGCAACUCAGUGGAGGCUGGACACAAGAAGCUGAGCGCCGUCUUGGAGAAGGGCAACAAGGUGCUGCCAGAGACAUCCAUGCAGGGGCAGGAGCUGGUCAAACAGGAGCUGGACAUGUUGUCUGGGGAGUUCAAGGUGCUGGACACGGACCUGCAGGACCUCCUCAACCUCCUGGAGAACCUGCGAGACCAGUGGCACCGUUACGAGGAAUACUACGAUGACUUAAGUCACUGGAUCAAAGACACAGAGGCUGACAUGAAAGCCGACUCAGAACAGAAGGCCACACUGGAGGAUAAGGGUAUCCAGAUGGACAAACAGAAGGCUGUGCAUGAGGAGAUCCUCCACCAUCAGACUGCGUUUGAUGGUCUGGCAGAGCAGGCCCAGAUCCUCAUGCAGUCCUCCAAGGACAGCCGUGUGUCCACCCAGCUCACGCAGAUGAGCUCCAGGUACUCCGCACUCAUUACACUCUCCAAGGACCUGAUGAAGCGCUAUGAGCAGCACGUUCAGGACCAUGAGCAGUAUGCAGAUGUUUACAAUGAUGCCAUCUCCUGGCUCCAGUCAACACGGGACAGACUCUCAGUGUGUGCCGACACUUCAGGUGACCGAUACACCAUACAGGCCCAGCUGGAGAAACUGCAGGAGUUCACGGUGCUGAAGGAGGAGGGUCAGGCCUUGCUGCAUACAGCACACACCUGGGGGGAGAAGACCAUGGCCAACACAUCGGUGACUGGGCGGGAGAUGAUCCGGCAAGACCUUGGUCAACUGCAGACCGACUGGGCCAACCUGCUGAGUGAGGUGUCUGACACGAAGGUGCUGCUGGAGGCAUGUCUGCUACGCUGGACGGAGUUCAGUGACAGCAAUGACCAGGUGCUGCGCUGGCUGAAGGACAUGGAGAAGAAACUAAGGGAAGCACAACCCAAAGCUGACAUUGGUGAAAAGCGAGCUGAGCUUCAGAGAGUCAAGGUGCUGUACCAGGACAUCGUCUCCUACGAGCAGAUGGUGGAAUCUGUGUCCAGUAAGGCCCAUGGUUUGGCUGAGAAGAGUUCAGCUAGUCAGUCAUCCACCGACACCUCACAGAUUGCAUCACGCUAUGCCACUGUGAAGGAACAGGCUCAGGACCUGCUCGCCCGCAAUGAGCAGUAUGUAGCCAACCACCAGGACUACAUCGACGCAUGUAGCAACUUCGUAUCCUGGCUGCGCACUGCCAUUGAGAAGCUGGCAACAUGCUCAGACACAUUUGGCGAGAGAUCUGUCAUCGAGGGGAAAAUAGAGAGAGUGCAGUCACUGCUGCACAACCUCUCGGAGGGCACCCAGAGACUGUCUCAUGCAACCAAGGCAGGGGAAGCUACUCUGCCCAGCACAUCACCACAGGGGCAGACAAGGAUGCGCCAGGAGCUGCAGGCCAUGCACAAAGACUUUGAGGAGUUCCGGGGUCAGCUGGUGCAGGCGCAGUCCGACCUAGAAGUGUGUCUCACUCGGUGGGAGGAGUUUGAGGAGAGCUUCCAGACAUUCGGUCAGUGGCUUAAGGAGACUGAGAAUCAGGUGCGGUCUGAGCUGGACUUGAAGACGACCGUGGAAGAAAAGAAACUACAGUGGGAGUUGUACCAGCGCCACCUGGAAGAGAUCAUCUCCCACCAGUCAGCUCUGGACCGUGUCAGUGAGAGGGCUCAGGCCUUGCUGCAGACCAACGCUGAUGCCAAGACAUCGCACGCCAUUACGCAAAUCACCACCCGAUACCAGUCUGUCAUCGCCCACUGCAAGGACAUUGUCUGUAACUUGGAGUUCUACUUCACCAACCACAUGGAUUACAAACAGAGCCUACAGCAGUUUCAAGCGUGGCUGAGGGAAACACGACAACGGAUUCGGUCCCUGGAGGAUGACCAGGGGUCACGGGACAAAGUCACGGCCCGACUGGAACAUGCCGAGGAGAUCCAGGGUGCCAUGGAUCAAGGACACAGCUUGCUGCGGUGUCUACUGGACAGCUGUGAGAAGACUCUGCCGUCUACCAGCAACAAGGGCUGCCAGACACUGCGGCAGGACACCGAGACCGCCAAGACAGAGUACGAGAACCUGCUGACAGAAAUGUCCCAGGCCAAGCGCAGUCUGGAGACAGCCUUGUCCCAGUGGGGAGACUUUGAUCGGCUGUAUGAGCAGCUGAACAUUUGGCUCACUGAUGUGGAGAACAAGCUUAGGUCAGACUCAGAGUACAAGACUGACCUCCCUGAAAAAAGGUCAAACAUGGAGAAAUUCAAGGCCCUCCAGGCAGACAUUGCUGCCCACAAGGACAUGCUGGCUAAGCUGGAGCAGAAGGCAGGACAGGUGAAGGACUCUGGUCCCCGGGGUCAUGUGUCCGGACUCACGGCCAGGUACCAGGCUGUCAUCACAGAGAGCAGGGAUGCCUUUGUCAAGGCUGAGGAGCAGGUCAAAGGUCAUGAGGACUAUCGAAAAGCAUACAUUGCUUGUCUGGACUGGCUGGCUAACACCAAACAUCGGCUGCAGAGAAUGAGCGACUACAGCGGCGACAAGCGCACACUACAGGACAGACUGCAGCAGCUGAAGGAGUUCAAGGCCGACUUGCGCCAAGGGCAGGAGAUGGUGAACCGGGCUGCAGCCCUGGGAGAGCGUGUUUGUGAGAGCACCUCACCUCAAGGUCGGUCUGUAAUCCAGCGUGAAAUGGAAGGCCUGCGCGAGGACUGGUCUGUCUUCUCCAUGGCAGUCUCUGAUGUGGAGACAAACCUGGAGUCCUGUAUCGCCAACUGGGUAGAGCUGGACGAUGACCAUGUCACCAUAAUGAACUGGAUAGACAAAAUGGAUGCCCGCGUUCGAGGACUGAUGGAGCCCAAACCCAACCUCAGCCGCAAACAGCACCAGUACCAAGAAGGGGAGGAUGUGCAUGAUGAGAUUGGAGGAAAGAAGGCGGCUCUGGACAAGAUUCGAGAGAAAGGGGAGACAAUUGCCCAGCGGAGCAGUGACCCUCGACUCUCUAACAGCAUGAUGCAGCUGUCCACCAAGUUCCAGGCUCUCUGUUCGCUUGCCAGGAGCACACUACAGAAGCUGAAGGACAACGUCCAUGACCACCGUGUGUACGACGAUGCCCUGGAGUCUGCCAACAAGUGGCUGGCCAUGAUGUGUGAGCGUGUGCAGGCGUGUAGUGACACCGCCGGGGACUGGACGGCCAUACAGGACAGGAUCGCAGACAUCAAGGAUGUGACUGCCAGUAUGGGAGGUCUACAGAAGGUCAACUAUGUCUGUGAUAUGGCUGAGAAAAUUCUACCAGUCACCUCCACAGAUGGCAAGAGGACAAUUGAAAGUCAGGUGACCCAGAUGACCAAUGAGUGGGAAAAACUAAAUGCAUCCAUCAAUGACUGCACGACCAUGUUGGAGGGGGUCCAGCAGCGGUGGCAUGAGUAUGAGGAGUACUAUGGUAUGAUCGUCAAGUGGCUGGCAGAGGUCGAGAGUCAGCUGGAGCUGGAUCCUGAGCCGCGGGCGCAGCUGGCAGAGAAGAAGACCAUUCUAGACAAGUACAAGAUGAUCCUGACUGACAUUGACAAUCGUCAGCGACUUGUGAAUGAGCUUGCUGACCGUGUGGCUAACCUGGAGGCACUGUGCAACAACCCCGACGUUGCCGAUUCCCUCAGCGAUGUCCAGGCUCGCUAUGAUGGUGUCCGCAACAGGGCCGGGGUGUUGGUGUCGGAACUUCAGGCGAUCUAUGAUGACCACUUUGGCUUCCAUGAAGCACAGCAGGAUUGUGAGAAGUGGCUGCUGCAGACAUCAUAUCGACUCAUGUCUCACAACUCUCUCAAUGUCAGCUCCCUUGAACUCACUCAGAGACAGAUUGACAAACAUAGGGCCCUGAUCCGCGAGAUUGAGGACUAUCGCAUGACCUUGGACUCUGUGAGCCGGAAGGGGCAGCAACUGGUGGUGACCGCACCACGCCAACCACGACUGGCCCAGCAGGUUCAGUCCCAGCUCCAGAACCUGGAGGAGAGCUACAUCAACCUGCAGUCCACUGCCCAGCAGAUCAAGAUGAUCCUGGAUCACAUAGACCUGUACUGGUACUAGAGUUAUGUCCCUUCAUCACUUCUCUCCGGGCCGCAUUCAACCGGCCUCUUCUUGCUUGCCAGAAGUAGUACAAUCGCCAUGGGAACAGUAUUGUUGUGUUUCAAGUGGACUAUGUGCCAAGCAUGCCUGAGAUGUGUUGAAUGCCUGAUGUGAAUUCCUACAUAUAUACCCAAAUAUAUACUGACUAACAUCGCCUAACAUGUGUUGAGGGUAGAGGAGAAGGAACUUGUGCAUGUCAUCUGGUCUAGGACAUGUUGACCUAGGUCAUAAUGACCAGUAUCAUGGUGACAAUGUCAUGGCGACCCAGACUGCCGAGGUGAUGCAGCCGGUGUCUGGGCCUUGCAUGUUACCAAAGUCAUGGUAACGUGUCACGCAUGUUACUGUGCCGAGAUUUAAUGGUAGUGUUUCAAGACAGAGAGACAUGGUCUUGCAUUUCAGAGGAAUAUUCAAGUUGGGAUUCAAAAACUAUCAUUGUAUCAUAUUUUUUUUCAUCAAAAUUUCUCCAUUUACAUUCAAGGUAUAUUUUUCAUAAAUUUUUGUUUAUUUUAUUUUGCAGAUGGCAAACAUGUCACAUUACUCACCAUAUGUAAAGUUUCGAUUUUAUUAAUGGUUUGCUUUGCUCCUUAAUAGUGUGUUUUUUCUGCUUUACUGUGUGAAGUGCAAGUCUGUGUCUAGCUGUCGGCCAGGCCUGGUCCCUGGUUGUCACUGGGGUCUGCAGGGCUGGCCUCGUGCCACUUGCUAGUGUUGACAUAUGCAUAGUGUAGAGGAUGGCAGGGUGUAGUUGCCCUUAGUGUCAAUAGAUAUUUAACUGCUAGUCUACGUUAUUACUCAGUGUAGGUUCAUGCCUGAAGUGUAGAGUCUCCAGCCCUGGAAGCUGGUGUAGAACAUUGUUCUGAAGGAUGGGAAUAACUGUAACUUUAACAUUUCUGCUCAAGUUAUGUGACUGCUUCUGCUCACUUAAACUAUGUCACAUUGAAUCAUCGAACAUUCACGCAGUCUCUAUUUAUCAAGUAUUUUUUACACAUAACUUUAUAUUAUCUUUUUUAUCAUAUCCCGUCCAGAUAAAUGAGUUGUGAUGUAAGUGCUGAUGCUCUGUGCCUGUCACCAGUAAUCAAGUGACAAUCCUUUCCGUCCUCAUGUAUCUUGUGAUAGGGGAGCAAGUCAAAAAGUCUGUGAUAAUAUUUAUUUAUUUCCAUUGUUAAUUAUGUGCUUGUUGUGAACCUGGUAUAUUUCUUGUACCGAUUGUAUCUGUGCGGGGGCUGCACUGUACCACCAAGUAUUAUUAUACAUCUACACAGUGCCCGUGUGGGGUAUUUUAUCCCAAAUAAAUGCUGAAUAUCAAA